CGAGUCUUCAUUCACCAUUUUGCGACUGUAGUGUAGAAUGUACAGGGCAGUAGUUUUUCCUCCUUUUAAGUUGCUUUGCCGGAGAAACAUGUACGGCCGCUGACGGGCAGCUGCGGAUCCCCGGCCUCCCGCCUCGCUCCGCCGCCGGACGCGGCGCAGAAACACACUGACCGCGGUGGUUGGCGCUGAGUCUCUGGAAUAAGGUGGGCAAGUGCCGAAGUCGUGCAAAGAAGACAAGACAGGAUGAGAAAGAGAAGCCCUGGCAAAGGAGGAAAAUAGACUGAAAGGAGAGGGAAGAAGAAAGAGCAAGGCAGAGCGAGAGAGGAACGCCAAACAGAAUCUCUGGGAUAAAUAAAUAAAAAGACUUGUUUAGACGAAAGGAAAACUAGAUGAAAAGAUGAAGCCGAUAAAAAAGCAGGGCCGGCGUUCUCCUCCCUCCACCCGGGCAAAGGGGGGGAAGCGGCGUGGAGCCGGGGAUGCCUCAGAAGGAGGAGAGAAGAGAGACUCGGAUGAGAACAGAGACAGAAGCAGGUCCCCACAAAGUCGAACUCCAUCGUCUGCUUUUUCUUCUAAUUCACACUCAGAGUCCCCUCAGGCAGAUCCAGUAAGGACACGGGACCCUUCUGACGGGGAGGGCUUUCACAGAGAAGGGUCGUCAGAAGCAUCCGCGUCACUUAUGAUGGACUCUGGGAAAUUAUUGACAGCCUCAGAUGACAUAUCAGGGAGGCCAGCUGCGAGCGGCGGCAGCCACAGUGACAGCGGUGGUAGCAGUUGUAGUAACAGUAGUGCACCGAGCGCCAGCAGCAGCCCAAACCCCUCCUCUAACCGGAAAACAGCCACCUUCAAGGUCCGCGUUCCCAAGAAGAAGUACACGUCAGAACACUGUUCUGCUGUCGGUAACCAUAGCAACCCAGCCUCCAGCACUCCCUCGCCACUUUCUUUGAGUGGCGGGGUCCUCAAUCAUGGGUCAACGGGUUCAGGAAGUGAUGCCAACAGUCAGAGUCGGAGUCUGAUGGACGAUUUCCACAACAGGACCACUUGCAGGGACAGACCUCAUGACGGCUCCCCAGGCCCCCCCAACCUGUUGCUGGGAGGGGAGAGGGAAAGGCCUGGGGGAGAUGAAGGGGUCAGAGACUUGGAGCGAGUGUCCCCCAGUCCCCUACCCCGCUGUUCCUCCACAGACACAGCCAGCGAGCACUCGGCCGACCUGGAGGUAGUGGGCAUGCAGAUGUCUGCACACGCACAGUCUAGCCUCCCUGAUGCACUGUCCGAUGCUCUGGCCAAAGGGCUGAAGAAUCAGCGCGUCCUCGCCCGCCAGCUCAGGAGAAAAGGCGACAAGGAGGCAGAAGGCGAAAGGAGACAUGAAAUGGCGAGUUCAGACUUGGUGUUCCGGGCUGGGGUUGUCCGUAAGGUUAGUGGGGAAUAUGGAAGCUUGGAGGUACAACUCAAUGGGGAGAAGACGAUGUGUCGUUACCCAUAUCGACAUGACAGCCCCCCGGGGGUGGUGGACAUCAUCCUAGAUGCCCCUCCUCCCGGUGUCCAUCCAAUUCCUAUUGGAACUCGUGUCUGCGUCCCAUUUGGCAACGAGGAGGGCAGUGAGAGCCAGUGGCAGUGGUACAGAGAGGGUGUUGUGACCCAGGUGGACACGCACCCUGCUGUGGCCAACCGCUACCGUGUUUUACUGUCUGAGGAAAGGCCGCACUCUAUGGAUGAGGACGGCGACAGCAGGGGGGCGGCUACCCAGGCAGUGUGGGUCUCAAGACAAACACUUCGGCUUCUGGUGCCGCCUUGGGACCUGGAUUUGCCCUCUGGUGGAGGACGCGAGAGUGAAGAGGGAGUCAGAGAUAAAGAAAGGGAGCGAGAAGACAGGGAGGAGGUGGAUGUGGAGCAGGAGGUUUAUCGUUUGAGUCGGGGGCUGAGCCCGGGAGUGGCAUCGGUCCUGGGGAGAGGAAUGCCCUUCCCUGGCAUGAUCCCUGUUUCCUCCACAUCAGGUCAUAGCAUUACCACUCCAGUAACACCAGCAUCAGUCCUCAGCCUUGCUCCUGGACGAGAGUGGGAAAUGGACAAGGAUUUGGAGAGGGAGCGGGACCUCCAGAGAAAACAGGAACGAGAGCGGGAAAGAGAGCGAGAAAGGGAGAACAGCGCAAAGCAGCAGCAGCAGCAGCAGCAGCAGCAGCAGCCUCCACACCACUCGUACAUGCCACUCACCCCUGAAGAAGACAUGGAGGUAUCCCACUUUAACAUGGUCCCAGUGGGGGCAAUGAUACCCGGGGCCAAACCAAUUUCAGUUCCCCCACACCGCCACAUCGUUUCCAAGCCUCCUUCUGGCUACCUCAAUCCCCACCUCUCCGUGGUGCGGAGCCUCGGUAUCCACACUGCCCACCUGACCUUGAACCCCAACCCCCCCCAGUCACCGGUCUUGUUAGGCCUUGACCCAGUUGGCACUGUCCUUACCACACCCCAGCUCCCUCCUCUGCCUCCUAUUUCUUCUUCUACUGCACCCUCUGCCAGAGUAGAAAAGUCCUCAGGAGGAGGUUCCAACGGAGGAGCAGGUGGUGGUGGAGGAUCUGGCUCAGGUUCAACCUCCUCCUCCUCUUCACGCUCUCGUACCCCACUAACAGCUGCCCAGCAAAAGUACAAGAAGGGAGACGUGGUGUGCACGCCAACAGGCAUCCGAAAGAAGUUCAAUGGGAAGCAGUGGAGGAGACUGUGCUCCAGGGAGGGCUGCUCCAAGGAGUCCCAGCGUCGGGGAUACUGCUCCAGACACCUCUCAAUGAGGACCAAAGAGAUGGAAGCCAGCGGAGGCGGCCGGGAGCGGGGUGGAGCCAGCAGCACAGGGACCCUGACGCCCUCUGACCUCCGAAUGAGUGGCGGCAGAGCCAGCACAGAGUUUGACUGGGACGAGACGUCACGGGAAAGCAGCGAAGCCAGCAGUCGAGGGGGAGAUUCCCGUCCCCGCCUCGUGCUUCCCUCUCUGCUCCCCCAGGACCUCUCUCGUUUCGAUUUUGAUGAGUGUGAGGCAGCAACUAUGUUGGUCUCCCUUGGGAGCUCCCGCUCAGGCACACCCUCAUAUUCGCCUAUUUCCAACCAGUCGCCGUUUUCCCCCACGCCAUCGCCUUCUCCAUCCCCCCUGUUCGGCUUCCGCCCUGCCAACUUCAGCCCCAUUACGGCUCCGCCCCAACGCCGCCAUCGCCAGCUUAGUGGCACAAAGAUUGGAACACCAGGUGUCGAACGAGAGCGUCACCUGUCUGGGAUUGUGCCCACAUUUCAGACCAGCCUCACUUUUACAGUCCCCAUGAGCCCCAGCAAGAGGAAGCUGGAGACCCACCCACCUCCUCCUUUGCCUACAGUCCAGGACUACCAGAACAAAUCAGAACAACAGCAGCUGAUAGGAGAGGCUGCCCAGGGCCACAGCCCCGCUGCCUUUAGAGUUCUCUCCCCACAGAGUCAGCCCACCACCCCCUCCUUCCCCCGACCCCGUAGUGCCACCAGUAGACCACCUUCCUCUGCUGCCUCCACACCACCACCCAUGCUGGUCUCUCCCACUCCUCCCUCCCCUCUCCCCCAAGAACCUUCGCCACGUCGCAUCGGGCCACUUCGGGAUUCCCCAGUCAUUGUCCGCAACCCAGACGUCCCUCUAGCCAAGUUCUCUGAUGGCCCAUUUGGAAGAAGAGACAGAAGCAGGUCUAGAGAGCAUAGCCAACCCCAACAUGCAGCUCCACCGGGCUUGCAGGCCCCCGUCCCCAUCAAUGGAGCCACCAAUGGAGCGGUUCUCCUGCGCAACCCUGCAUCCACUCUUUUCUUAGUCACCUCCAGCUCAUCGCUGACUCCAGCCACAGCAGGCCACACUGCACUGUCCAGCCCCUCCAAUCCUGGAGCGAUGUCCACCUCGUCAGUCUCAGUGCUGUCGUCCUCUGGCUCUGGAGGAAGGGAGAGGGAGCGGAAACCGGAGGGACACCAGGACACCUCUGGUGGAGCGCUGCCACAGCCUGUAGCCUGUCACCCCACGCCGACCGCCCUGCUGCCACUCAUACUACCAGCGGAGUCGCCGCAUCCUGCUCCACGCAAGCAAAUCAUCAUGGGACGUCCAGGGACCGUUUGGACCAACGUGGAGCCGCGCUCGGUGCCAGUGUUCCCUUGGCAUUCGCUCGUCCCUUUCCUGGAGCCCAGCCAAUCAGGAGCGGCCGCUCAGCCUGCUGAUGGUCAACAGCUUGUCAAUCAGAGCAAAGAGCCUCGUUGCGGCGUCGCUCUGGUGAGCGAAGGCCGAACCGGGCCUCCGGACCUGGAGAGGGGCUCGCCGUCGCGCCCCCCCCCAACCAACGACAAUCCCCCCACCGACAGGGGCGGCGCUGACAGCGAGACGGAGAGCGACACCGAUGACCCGUUCUCGCCGGGCGUGGCCAAUGACCCAGCGCCCUCCACUGGUCCCAUCAAGAGGCGCACACAGUCUCUGAGCGCACUGCCCAAGGACGGCGACAGGAAGAGGGAGAAGGACCACAUCCGCCGCCCCAUGAAUGCAUUCAUGAUCUUCAGCAAACGCCACCGGGCUCUGGUGCACCAGCGCCAUCCCAACCAAGACAACCGGACAGUCAGCAAGAUCCUGGGGGAGUGGUGGUACGCUCUGGGGCCCAACGAGAAGCAGCAGUACCACGACCUGGCCUUUCAGGUGAAGGAGGCCCAUUUCAGAGCCCAUCCAGACUGGAAGUGGUGCAACAAGGACCGCAGGAAGUCGCUGUCAGAGGGCCGCGGAACCCCAAAGGAGCCACGGCAGAGGAGCAUGUCCGAGAGCAUAGACCCGCUCUCAGAGGCGCAGGUGGUGGAGGGGAAGGGAGCGGGUCCGAUGUGGCCGGGGGCAUCGGAGCGCCGCGGAGCGCCGUUCGCAGGGCAGCACUCGCGCCCCCGAGCUUUUUCCCAGAGUGCCGUGCACACCUUGGAGCAGAGGGAGAGGGAGCGAGACAUGGAGAAGGAGGACAGAGCGAGUCUGUUUCGUAACAGGCCCCCCCCCUCCGUGUACCAGGGCGGGGCCAGCGACGACGUGACCAGCGAUGAAGAGCGCAUGGUCAUCUGUGAAGAGGGUGACGAUGAUGUCAUGGAGGAUUCAUGUCCCGAAGGCUCCAUUGACCUCAAGUGCAAAGAGAGAGUGACAGACAGUGAUGAAGAUGAACCAGAUGGACAGCAUGGCUUCCAGCCAGUCGCUCGUUCCUCUCUCCCCCCCUCCUCCUCCUCCUCCUCUCCCUCCAUCCCUCCGUCUGACUCCGCCUCAGCUAAAGGAAAUGUGGGAGGGGGUGCUGAGGACAGGACAGACAGAAAGAGAAAGCGAGGCGCCGACACGGGAGAGGAGAGGAGCAGGGGAGGAGUCCACACAGAGGAGCUCUCAGCAGGUGGAGGCGGGCAGGGUGCGUCCUCUCUGUCCAUCACAGACUCCUCAUCCAGCAGCCAGACGCCGGUCACCCAGCAGGUCCUCGGUGGAGUCCGCAUGGCUCCCACCAUGGUCACCAACGUGGUACAACCCAUCGCCAGCAAGCCAGUGGAUUCAGCCAUCACCGUCAGCCCCCUGCCUCAGGACAAGAAAGCCACUCUCCUGAUUGGUGCAGGCGGAGCGCAGCAGCUGCCAAUCACUGCAGGGGGUGGGUACCUGUCCUCACCUUUGUCCCCUGCUCCAGUCAGUGCACCUCCUGGAGGCAGCAGCCUGGUCACUAGCCUAGUGCUGGGAGGGUCAUUCCCGGCUGCCCAACCGGUGCAGCUCCUCACCCCUCAACCCCCACAGCUGCACGCACGAACCCCGCUGCCCGUCCUCCACCCCCAGCUCCACCCCACCACCGCCAGCACCUCGCUCGCAUCUCCCCCCGGCCCCCAGCAGGUGCAGUACAUCCUACCCACCGAAAGCCCCUCGUCCCCUCCGCUCACCCACCAGCAAAUCCUGUCCCUGCACUCAGGUGCAGGAAUCAGAGUCAGCCCUGGGAACAGAGUCCAAACCCAGAGCAAGAUGUUGGUUCCCAUGGCAACAGUGAGAACAGGGUCUACUCCCCCUCAUCCUUCCAUUUCCCUGGUGGCCCCGCCUCUUCCUGUGCAGAACGGCCCUGCCACAGGAAACAAGAUCAUCCAGAUCGCGCCCUUGCCUGUGGUCCAGACCAGCGUUCACCACAGCGGCACGGCACCAGUACAUCCUGGGAGCCCCUUUCCUGUUUCCGUGGCAACAGUAAUGGCUCACGGUGCUGCGCCCCCACAGACCGUGCUCCUGACCUCUCCGCCCACCAGGAUCACCUAUGUCCAGUCCGGUCCAGGAGUUACCACAGCAACGCCCCAACAGGCGACGGCCGCCCCAGGCUCCGCGUAUCUCCCAUCAGCGCUGGCGACUCUGGGCUUCACCGCCAUCGCUCCGGCCGGACCAGCCCUCGUCCAGCCAAUCGUUGGCCAGUCGCCACUGCUGGCACCAGCCCCGCCCCUGAGCUGUCAGUCACAGACUCCGCCUGGCCAGGCCUCGGCAACCGCUGGUCGUCAGGUCCUCACUGCCAUUUACCCUGCGCCAACUGUUGCACUGGCUACUGGUGUGGUGCCCACAUCCAUGCCUCCUGCUGUGGCAGCCCCAGCCCAGGACAUGACAAACCCAUCCUCCCCGUUGGCACCAGGAGUGCAGGGUUCAGCAGCGGCGACCGCUCAGUCCAGCCGAGCCGUGGAGGUGGAGCCCAAGGUGGAGGUGAAGAGGGAGAAGCAGCUGGACGCUCAGAGUGAGGAUGAGGAGCAGGGAGUUUCAGAGGCCAGCUAUUCCAGCGGCGCUGUGACAGUAAAAAAAGAAGAGGACAUCAGUCUGCACAUCAAAGAGGAAAAUGGGAGAGAAGCGGGACUUUGCAGAGAGAAGCUAAAUGAGAUGGAUACGGAGCAGGAGAGAUUGAUGAUGGAGAGCAGUGAAAAGCAGAGAGGCAACGAGUCAGACACAGAGGACCACAGCACGGGGGACAGCAGCAAAGAGGCUGGACCUCCUUCCCCUCCUCCACCCCCCUCAGGUUUGGACCCCCCUCCACCUCCCUCUGCGGAACGAGAGCCAACCUCUUCCUCAAAGAAGACCAAGUUUCGACCCCCACCACUGAAGAAGACACCCGACCCUCCGGACAAGGUCUUGUCUGGGACAUACUUCGAGGCUCGCUUUGCUGAGCUUCCAGAGUUUAAUCCAGAGGAAGUCCUUCCCUCACCCACCCUGCAGAGUCUGGCCACCUCACCAAGAUCCAUCCUGGCAAGCUACAGGAAGAAGAGGCGCAAUUCCACGGAGACAGAGCUCACUGCAGAGGAUCCCAGCUCCCCACGGAGGAGGACUCGACGUCUGUCCAGCUGCAGCUCAGAGCCCAACACCCCCAAAAGUGCUGCCAAGUGCGAGGGAGAAAUCUUUACCUUCGACAGAGCAGGUACAGAGGGAGAGGAUCUUUUAGGAGACUUGGACCGGGCGCCCCACUCGUCUUUACGCAGGACUCUGGAUCAGAGACGGGCUCUGGUCAUGCAGCUGUUUCACGAACACGGGUUCUUUCCUUCAGCUCAGGCCACAGCUGCCUUCCAGGCACGCUACUCGGACACUUUCCCCACCAAGGUGUGUCUACAGCUAAAGAUCCGUGAAGUUCGUCAAAAGAUCAUGCAGACGGCCACGCCCGGAACCUUCGAGUCAGGAGUGUUAGCUGAAGCCUACUCCACCCCGUCCCAUAGCGCCUCCUUCAAUCAAUCACCCCGGGAGGAUGGAGGGGCAGAGCAGCAAGGAGACAAAGGCUGGAGUCCAGAGGAGCCUAAAAGUGAAGGAUCAUAAGCAGGAGAGGAUGACGAAUGCUAAAACGCAAAGGGAACGGAGAGAGAGGAGUGCGUCGUCCCAGCAGAACGUCCUUCACAGGGACGGCUCCAGCAGGAUUCGUCCACUGGCACUGACACAACCAUACCUGGGCAGACGUACAUUUGAAUAUGGUCACAAAUAUUCAGGCUACUAAUGGUGCACUUGAUUCAUUUAGUCAGAGAAAAAAAAGCCUCAAAAAUAUACAAAUCACAUGCAAGUCCUGAUGAGUCAAGUGCUUCUUGUAGUAGUGCUUUUCUUUUUUUUGUAAGUAUCCAGAACAUUUUGAGUCAACACUUUGCCCAGGUGUGCGCUCAGCACAUUUGUACAGUAGUUUGUAGUUUGACACACAAACUCCGUGGUACACACUCUCUAUCUCUCUGGCACACACACAACCCUGGUGCGUAUGUAAUCUCCAGCAUGCACAUGAUCCCUCACGCACACACACACGGGCGCGCACACACACACACACACACACACACACACGCAUUCACUCUUACCAAAUCAGACUGUUACUCUUGGUUGGGAGUCUCCAGGAGCUGCCACCAAGAACCAUAACACACAAAAGCACUUUGUCAUUUAUUGUGCAGAUGCAGUUUGCUGUUGCCAGCCAGCCCUCAGAGCCGUUGACUUGACCUCCUUCUUGCCCUUCCACUCCUCAGCACAGUGGUCGGGACGCAAACACAACCCCAACGACCUCCACUGAUAUUCCACAGCCCCUGGAUGCUGCAAGACAGACAGCACACACACAACACAGGACAUACAAACACAUGCAGCGCAUGGACACAUUUGUGCAGUGUGAGCACUCGUACACAAACAUACUCGACCCUGGUCUGACCAAGCCAUUGGCCUGCACAGUUUUUAGUGAUUGUAGUGAGAGCAUGACAUCUGUCUGUUCGCUCCUGAGAAACAGAAAGAAGGCAGGAGUUGGGAGGAAGUGUGACCAAUCUUUGCACCUUCAGUUAUUGCCAUUUUGAAAGACUGAAUCUUCAUCGGUGGGAGAUGAUUAUCUAUGUCUGUAUGUCUGUUUGGGUCCCCUCCCAAAACCCUGUCAACAGGCACCAAAAAGAGAUUAUGUUAAGAGACUGUUAGCGGCGAGACUUUGAAGAAUCAGCGCUGGCUUCGUCACUGACGGCUCCCAGCUGAGCACGGAGAAAACCCAGAAGAAGAAACUGGAUGACGUUCAUUGGAUGGAAGAUUCACAGUCUGACAGGACGAUGGAGAAUAAUCGUUAACAAAAACAACAAGACAAGCUUUUCAACAGAGAGAAAAAGUAGAAAUUUAACCAAACUUCUCUGAAUCUCCCAGUGGAUAUGAUGUUGUUUUCUCUCGUUAUUGUUGCCGUGGAAAUAACCAGUUUUACCGUGGCCUGUUUUCUCUCUCGUGGCUCUAUAGUGUUUCUUCUCCAGCAUAAAAAAAUCACAACAAAAACUAGAAAAAAAAACUCUGGACAAAGAAGGGGACAAAAUCAGUCUGUGGCCCCCACUUUAAUUGUUCCUGGGGUCUUUCUCCCCCACUACCCUCCCCUACGAUUUCUCACUAGACACCGAAGUGGGGGUGCAGGGACGUUUGUCGUUUUGUAAAAUGUUGAAAUCAGGUGUUUGCACAAUUUGUGCGUCCCUCGUCGUUUGGGAUUGCCACAAGUUAAAUCAGGAAAGUAUUGUUUUUAGAGAUUGUUUUAUUAGAAAAAAUAAUAACCUUUUUCUGUGUGUUAUCUACAACCCUUUUCCUCCCCUACUCUACUCUUUGCUCACUGUCAACCUGUUUCUCCUCAUUCUCUUUCCUCAAACCCUCAAGUGUUGUUAGAAAGUGCCCUUAAGCACUGGUCCCGGGUCAAGCGCUAUGUAGCUCAGGAUGGUUCUGGUUUGGGGCAGUUCAGGGAAAGCAGAUCCUAGACCAGCCCUGGAGGGCAGUCUCUGGAGCCCUCCCCUCUUUCCCCUCCCUUCUUGACACUUUAUCCUUUCCCAUCAAAUGGUGCAAUAGGACUUUUUCUUGUUUAAAAAUGGGUGGGUAAUUUUGUUUUGGGGGGGAGGCUCUGUGCCAUAGAUAUUAAAUCCAGUGCAGUCAGUGAGAGGAGUGAGCUGUUGUGAUAAUAUCUUUAACUAUGUUAUAAAACAAAACAAAAAGAAUCACAUAUUUGUUGUUCUUGUUGAAGAGAUAGAGAGUAUAACUUACUAAAAGUAAAAGACAAUUUCUGAAUAGCACUUUUUGGCUCUUUGCUUCCUCAGUGAAGAGUGGGGGUAGUCCUUAUUCUGGGUAUCGCUUUUAUUUCUACGUAUACAGUUGGAUGUGUGAAAAAUAUAUAUACUGGUAUUUCCAUAUAUGUGCAUUUAAGUCUGUGUUUGGGUGUGUGUGUAUGUUUUGGCACAUGCAGGUAGCGUGUUAACACAACCAACCUCUUGUUCUUUCACCCAACAGGAACGUUAUCAAUAGUAUAUUUUUCAUUGUAUUCUACAUUCUAUAUUUUACUCUAGAGACAGUAUUUUUAUAGUCACCAUGACUAUUUUGUCCGCCAUCUUGACUGUUAUCAACCCAGUUAAUUCAGGAUAUAUAUAAAAUAUAUAUUCAGGAUACACAAUAUAUAAAUAAAUAUAUACAUAUAUAUUUAUAUAUAUACACAUAUAUAAAACACACAGGUAAAGGAAGACUAUCAGUUCACUCUCUGGGGUUAGGGCUGUUACGUGUCCAUCUGCAUGCAUGUGCAAUCACAUGCACACGUGCACACACCCACGCGGACAUAUGUGCAUACACACAUGUAUGCGUGUACACUGUAUGAUUGUGCUUAAAAAUAAACUGUCCUUACUUUGGAGAAGGAAUUUUAGGAUGAGUGUUAUCUCAUAAGCAGGCAUGUUGACCAUGUGCAAUAUUUCUAAACAACAAAAAAACUAAAUAUUGAAAAUAUUAAAGAUCUAACACAAA